UUAAAACGUCAAAUAAACAUACAAUGCAAUUUCAACAUUUUGGUUGUUUUAUUUAUUUAUUUAUUACAGAAUGUUUUACGUAUUAUCGAUUUUAAUGUAAACAAGGCGGUUCAAGCGAAAGGUCAAAUUUCGACAUUUUGGUAUAGAAAUUGCAUAUCCAAAGCCAACUAAUUUGGUUCAGAUUAGCUCGUUUUUGAAGAAUUUUGAGUAUAUUUUUUUAUUGUUAAAAUGACUUCGUGCGUAAGGGAGACCGUUCAAAAAUCAGAUUGUUUCUGUUUCGAUGUCGAUUCGACUGUGAUACAAGAAGAAGGAAUCGAUGAGUUGGCGAGGUUUUUGAAAAAGGGCGAAGAAAUUUCGAAUUUGACCGGCAUGGCCAUGUCGGGCAACAUGACCUUCCGGGAAUCCCUCAAGCGCCGCCUGGACAUCUUGAGGCCCAGCCAACUGGAUAUCAAAGAAUUCUUGAAAACCAAACCGCCUACUUUGACUCCCGGAAUCAAGAAGCUCGUGAGUCUUUUGCAGGACCGUAAGAUUCCCGUUUACUUGAUUUCCGGCGGAUUCAAGUGCAUAAUUGCACCGAUUGCGCAUCAAUUGAACAUUCCCUUGGAAAACGUGUUCGCCAAUAGAAUGAAAUUCUACUACUCGGGCGAAUUUGCGGGCUUCGACGAAAACGAGCCGACCUCGGAAAAUGGCGGGAAAGCCGUUGUAAUUAAACAAUUGAAAGAGAAAUUCGGUUACAAAAAAGUCGUCUUAGUAGGCGAUGGAGUAACCGAUUUGGAAGCCUGCCCGCCCGCCGACGCUUUUAUAGGUUACGGAGGUAACGUGAUUAGGCCGAAGGUUAAAGCAAAUUCCAAAUGGUUUUUGACUGAUUUUAAUGAAAUAAUCGAAGUUUUAAUCAGUUAAUUAAGGUGUUAAAAUAAAGUACAAAUAUUUAAAAUAUUCUUUAUUAAUUUCCAAA